UCUUCAUGGUCGUUCACCGCGUAAAACAAACACAAAAUCUGUUGUCAAACUUAUUUCUAAUCGCCAAUCCUUGGAUUACAGCCUUGCCAUUACCGUGUGUCCAACAUCAGAACAAUGGCAGCAUCAUACAGAAAAGGGGCUCUCUCAACUGGGCAGAGAAAGAAAACAGGUCCAAAGCCAGAAUUAACAGAAGAGCAGAAACAAGAGAUAAGAGAGGCAUUUGAUUUGUUUGACACUGAUGGAUCUGGGACAAUUGAUGCAAAAGAGCUAAAGGUUGCCAUGAGAGCACUGGGUUUUGAACCAAAAAAAGAAGAAAUCAAGAAAAUGAUAUCAGACAUUGACAAAGAUGGAUCAGGAACCAUUGAUUUUAACGAGUUUCUCCAAAUGAUGACAGCAAAAAUGAGUGAAAAAGACUCUAAAGAAGAAAUUCUCAAAGCUUUCAAACUCUUUGACGACGAUAACACGGGGAAAAUAUCAUUUAAAAACCUGAAAAGAGUCGCUAAAGAACUUGGUGAAAAUUUAACUGAUGAAGAAUUACAGGAAAUGAUUGACGAGGCUGAUAGAGAUGGUGAUGGGGAAAUCAAUGAAGCUGAAUUCCUUCGUAUUAUGAAAAAGACAAGCUUGUAUUAGACCUCUGUUCUGAUGGCAGCAGAUGUAAAAAAAAAAAAUGUUUUAAAGUGUACAGAAUGUUGUCUUUCCAUUCAAAGAAGUUUAUCAUCAUCAUCGUACAACACCAGUGAUUGAAUACUUUAAUUAAUCAGCUAGACUGAAAGAAAAAAAAAUGCAGGAUUUGGCAUUGUCUUAAUCGUGAUCAUUUACAUUUUACUAUUUCUGUUCAGCUCCUCUUGUCAAAGUUGUGAUUGAUCACACUUUUAUGGUAAUUUAUAACAUUCAGAGGGAACUCUCAGUAGCUACAAGUAUUUAACAACACUGAUAUCUACAGUUGUUGGAUCAAGAUAAUCAGUCUUAACUGUUGUAACAUUUUAAUACCUUCAGUCAAGGCUGAUCAUCUUGCGAGUAAAACUAAAUAAACUUGUUAAAAGUUGAGAACAUUA